AUGUAUGAGUUCAUUGGUGAACAGAGAAGAGCGAACAAGGAGAUCAACGAGAAGAUACACUAUGUGUAUCACGACUUGAACAAUAAAUUUGGGUCGCUGGAGUCGCACAUCAAGGAGCUUGAUCUUCAAAUAGCAAACAUAGCCGGUACAAUCAAGAAACCGCUUGGAGUCCUCCCGGGUCGAACUGAGGCUAACCCCAAGAAGGAACAUAUAGCGGCCAUCACCCUUAGGAGCGGUACGCAGUUAGACGAAGUGGAGAUGCCACCGGAGCUCAUAAGGAAAGAACCUCAACCGGAGGUAAUAUUGGAAAAGGUGGAAGAAGCGGCUGGCGAGCAAACAAAGACAAAUCUUGAGGAGAGCACCGCGCCACCAACACCUACUCUGCGCGUAUAUAAGCCAAAAGUGCCCUACCCCGGAUCAGUGAAGAAGCCCAAGAAAGAGAAAGAGCAAGCAAAGUUGAAGGACCUUGUGAGCCAACUAAGCGUAAGGCUCCCUUUUGUCGAUGCUUGCAUGAUUAUUCCAUCAUUGAGGAAGUAUAUGAAGAGCAUACUCACCAGCAACUUGAGUCUAGAAGAGGGAGUGAUGUUAAUAACAGAAGAUUGUAGUCUAUCCCUCCAAAACAAAACCCCGGAGAAGCUUGACGACCCGGGGAGCUUUGUUCUCUCAUGCCAAAUCGGAGGUACGAUCUUUAAACGCUGCCUUUGUGACUUAGGGUCUAGUGUGAAUCUUAUGCCCUAUACAGUGGCCAAGCGCCUUGGCAUAACGAGCUUUAGACCUACAAAGAUUCAGUUGGUUUUUGCUGAUCGAUCGGUGAGGCGGCCGAUUGGUAUUGUGAGCGAUGUACAAGUCAUGAUUGGAAAAUUUUUCAUACCGGCAGACUUUGUGGUGCUGGAACUAGACCAAGAACCGAGAGAUCCCCUGAUCUUAGGGCGACCUUUCUUAGCCACAGCCGGCGCCAUUAUUGAUGUCAAGGGAGGAAAGAUAGACUUACACUUGGGAGACUUGGUAAUGAAGUUUCAAAUUGACAAAACUUUGGAAAAGCCAACUAUCGACGGGUUCUCUUUCUUGGUGGACAAUUUAAGCGAGGUGUCUGAAGGAGUGUAUGAGGAGCUGAUAAUGGACGACCCCUUAGAAGUGUCACUAACCCGUGUGGAGAAAGAAGGAGGCUAUUUCAGUAGAGAAGCGCGAGACAUAGCCAAGUCACUCGAUAACGCGGAGACUUACAAAAGCCUAGUAGCUUAUGUUGGCUUGGGAGAAGAAGUAAUGAUCACAAACGCCUCAAGAGAUACAUCGAAGCCAUCAAAGGAGCCAUGGAGUGAGUUGAGAGCUCCAAAGAUCGAACUCAAGGAGCUCCCCGUAGGGCUAAGGUACGCAUUUCUCGGUCCCAACAAUACAUACCCGGUGAUAAUCAAUUCAAAUCUAUCAAAUUUAGAGACCGCGCUAUUACUUUGUGAACUAAGAAAACACCGCAAGUCCCUUGGGUACACCCUUGAGGAUAUAGCCGGUAUUUCCCCUGAUCUUUGUAUGCACAGGAUACAUCUCGAGAAUGAGUCUAAGUCCUCCAUAGAGCAUCAAAGGAGACUAAACCCAAACUUGAAAGAUGUUGUGAAAAAGGUGCCACCUUUCUUCAUGGUCGAGUUGUGUCCCAUGCAAAGUCCUUCCUUGCUCCACACGUCCCAAGUGCUCCAUAAUGACCUGUUUAAGGUUCAAACAUGCACAUGUAUGCAAAUGCAAUCCUAA